AUGCGCAGUUGGAGGCAAAGGGCUCUCUAUGAGCCCGAGUGGGCCACGGAUGACUGUUACAGCCUCCCCUUGUCCUUGACGUUGACCUUUCUUAUCUUUCUGUCCUCGUGCUUUCUAUUCCUUUCCAAGUUUUGCAACAAUUGCUGUGCUUCGUUUUGCUACCGUAAACCACGUCUCGCGUCUUAUCAGCACCCCAUCGGAUCCAACGACGUCACCGCGCCGACCGCUGGAACGCCGACUUGCAACGGACGACUCCAUUAG